ACGUACUACAUCCGCCAUGUUGAUACAUCACGUGACAUACGUUUUCAUAGCAGCGCGAAAAUUUAAAGAGCCCGUAAAGUUAGCAAUGGCGUUUUAAAGUUGUUUCAGCAAGUAACAGUACAAAGGAGGCAAAGGGCAGCUGCUCGCAGAGCAAGGCUUCAUAGGCAGCUUAUGAAUAAUUUACUGCAUAAUACUGUCAGCCCUACAGCAUACUGCCGCCUGAACAUUGCUGUGCCAAUUAUUCGGCUGUAUUUUGAAGAUGGAGCUGACCUCCGCCCCACCCUCCAACUGUCUCGACAGUCCAUCAAGUCCCUGAUUGCUGCUCUAAAGUCAGAUGGUGAUCAUGGCUGGGAAAAGGACAUUGAGGUGCUGGUUUUUCUUUACUGGCUGGCCCAUGCAGCAUCAUACAGGGUAGUGUCAAUGGCCUUAGACAUCCCCAAGUCCUCUGUGCAUGACAUUGUGCACAGAGUGAGCAAGGGAGUCAUUGGCAUUUUAAGAACAAUGAUUUCUUUCCCCAACGUGGAUGACCUGGAGGCAGUGGGAGCAGGUUUUGCCCAGCUGGCUGGGUCUCCAGCUUUCUGUUUAGUAGCUGGAGCAAUUGAUGGGUGUCACAUCCGCAUCAAACCACCAGCAAGUGAUGGCCCAUGUUAUUUUAAUAGAAAGCUGUUUUACUCUGUCCAGCUGCAGGCCAUCACUGACCACCAGGGAAAGUUUCUUGACAUCUUUGUUGGGUAUCCUGGAUCCGUGCAUGACGCCAGAGUGCUGAAGAACAGCCCAGUUUAUACCGGCAAACUGUAUCCACCUGCAGGAAAAUGCCUCCUUGGAGAUGGUGGGUAUCCUUGUUUGCGGGCACCCAUCUGCCUCAUCACCCCUUACAGAGAGCCUGUUCAGAAUCCUAUACAGGCUCGCUUCAACACCAAAUGCUGA